AUGCUCUGCCCCUGUCGACGGCUGUGCCAUGGACCCGCGGCGCGGUCGCAGUCUGUCCUCGCGGCACUUCUGCGCAUCCGCCAGCAGUACCAACGUCCACCCCACGCGCUCAACCGCCGCGACACGACGUCACCUCGCGACUUCAACACCGUCACGGUAGCAGAGGAGCGGCAGAGACUGAUGGGGGAGGCGAUGAAAAUCCUUCGCAAAGAGGUGCGCGGUGCGGACGCGCUCUCGGACGUGGAUGCUACUUCUGCCACGUUCUGCGUGGAGGUGGGGAAGCUUCUGAGCGUUGCGGCUGCGUUCGGUGCCGCCACGACGACCCCGCGCGUUGUCGAGACGCUGCAGUGGGUUCGGGUGAACAAGUCGCACCUNGCGUUCGGUGCCGCCACGACGACCCCGCGCGUUGUCGAGACGCUGCAGUGGGUUCGGGUGAACAAGUCGCACCUAACGUCACCGCGGCAGGUGAUGUCCAUCUGCAUGCCGCUGCUGAACCUCAGGGACGGCAGAAGCGCCGGUCGGAAUUUUGUCGUGACCGAGCUCUGCACACCGCUACUGACAGCGCUGGAGGCGCCCAUGACUGGCGCUGAAGCGCUGACAGAGUUGGAGCUCAAACAGCACCGAAGCGCCAUCACCUCCGUCUUUAAUCUUGUUGGGAAGAUGCUGGAUUGCGGCGGCAGCAGCAGCAGCACUGAUGUUGAUGAGAUGAGGAAAGAUGAGAGUGACCAUGACGGUGACCAACUCGGUGGUUCAACUGAGAUGGAAUCGUUGCUGCCAAAGCAGGCUGCAUUGCUCUUCACGCAUGGCGUCGACGCGCUGCUUCUGUUGAAGGAGCGGUCGCUGCCCCCACUCGAGGUUGUUGACUGCCUCCACAUUCUGCAGGCGUGCCAGCGCCUCGAGGCAGCAUGCACCCACGAAGAUGUUGAGAGGGUGCACGCGGCACUGACACGGGUGCUGCCGAUGAUCGAUGCGGCGCUCGGUCCAUCGGCGGGAGGGACUACUAAGCGACCUUCGGAUGUUUGUCACCUUCUCUCUGUGGCCUCUCGACUGCAGCAGCGAGAGAGCAUGGCGCAAGUAUCCCGCACCGCCCUUGCGCUGCUUCCCCCGGCACUGGCAUCUUCAACUGUAAAAGAUAUUUGCGUUGCAUUGCAGGUGCUGGCGCGUCUGCGAAAUAGUGCACCGGAAGUUGCCGAUGCACCGGUGCUGCAGCGCAUAGUUGAUGCGGCGCGGCCAAGGCUUUUUCUACUGAAUGAAACACUUCCAGGCACUUUGCGACACAUUGAGUGCUCGGUGCUCAUGACGAAUUUCACGCGUCUUGAUGUUGAUGUUUCGGAGGAUCUCAUAAAUCUCCUCUGCAACUGUUUCUUGACUCACAUGGAGUUAGCCCAACCCGCACAGCUUAUCCCGUUUCUGCAGGGCUUGUCUCGAUACAGCGAGGCGGCAAUGAGGUCUUCAAGCAAGACAAAUUCUGUACCUUUAUGGGAAAGCUCACGUCUUUCGGCUCUGCUGCCGUGUCUUGAACAAACUGCGGAUCGCGUUGUUGUUUGCGACUCCGCUUGCAGGUUGACAAGCCAUGAGGCGGCACAGCUUCUACUUGCCUUGUCGCAGCUCCGGUGCCCACGAGUAGUGACUGUUUACGUUGCGUUGGAACCCACACUUGAAGAGGCCAUCGAACGUUUGUCAACAGGUGUGGUCGAUAGCGGGAGCGAUAAUGGAAACAGUGGCGAGACGCAGAAAUCUGAGCAAGACGCGGCUGUCAUUGCCGGUCUUACUGCUCUUAUCAUGCAGGCUCUCCAUGCAUUUCGAAGCGAAGCGGUGACUUUCCUGCGGGAGGAAGAGAUGUGCGUGCGGCGUGCUGGAGAGCUGUAUGAGAAGCUUCGAAAUGGCGCUAUCGACGGUAUCGCGCAGAUACAGCAGCCCAAGGGUCUUGUGAUGUUACUGCAUCUACUCACCCCUGAGGGUAGAGGUGCAGGUUACACACGGCUAGAGGAUGGUGGCAGCAGCGGCAACUUUGCUGUGGACAAUGAAACUGCAGCAACUAAAAACGUUUCAUCGCCACAUCCGCUUGAUGCCGCGGCGCAGCAGGUGUGCUGCCUCGCGCCUGUCUCGAAUGCGUACGAAGUUGGUGCUCUCGCAAAGGCAAUGGGAGAGUUGUGUUCAAAGGGUCUCGUCAGGGAGUCAGAGGCUCAAGAGGCUAUUGCCACACUCUUGCAACGCAGCGAGGUUGUGGAGUUGACUCUCUAUGAUACACAGUCUCUCCUUGACGGCAUGAGAAGGGCGCACGUGCUGUCUAUGCCGUCUGCCUUUCUUCGCCGUAUCGCGGCACUGCUGCAGACAGCACCGAAGAAGACGACAUCAAUGAUUCGUCGCUUGUUACCACUUCUAAAGGCUGGAGCAGUUAAACCCAACGAAAUGGAUGCACUGGUCAAUCUCGUGGUGGUGGCGAUGGGCAAUGCCCGCACUCUAAUGGCUGAAUCCACCUCACCACCACCGCUACGCGAAACGGCUCUCCUUGCUUACACUUUGGCGCAGCUUUACGGUGUCGUGUCUACCGAUGCAUUGGCAGACAAUGACGUGGAAGUGGAAGUGGUGCCAGAAGAAGCAGGAGUUGAAGAGUCUGCGGAGUCUAUCGAUGACACAAUGGAUGAAGUGAAGAUGAUCACCCACGAGGCAUUUAAAGCUUUGGGUGACGCCGCCUGCUCCUGCCUACAGCAACACGUCAAUUCCAAUAGCAAGAACACCAACAACAGUGGUACCAUUAGCAGUGGCAACUCUCAUCAGAUAUCCCCACAGGAGGUUGUCAUGCUCGUGCAGAGUUUUGAAAACGUGGGGGUUAGGCACUACGCGUUGCUGUAUGAAGUUCUUCCACUGGUGCGGGACAUGUCUGAGGGGAUGGAGCCGCUGGAACUUUCGCUGCUCCUGAAUGCAUUUGCACGUCUCGGUGUGUGGAACGGGCGAGUUUUGGACGCACUGGCUCGUAAUGUCGCAGAAAAGGUGCAGACGUGCAGCCUCAAGCAGUGCCAGUCCAUCCUAAAAGCGCUUCAGUCUUCUGGGUUUCUUCGCCCCAGUGCGUUUGUGUCGACACCAGAGCAUCAAAGUAGUGUUUCGAGGGAUUGGCAUUCUGCCGGCACCCAAGACACGCAUGCCGCUGUUGAUCCACUGGUGGCGCUCGCGACAAGUGUCGUGGGGCGCAUGAACACGCUGAUCGAAAGACCCGAGUCUGUUGCGGCGGUGUUGCAGUCACAUAGCCUGGAGGAUGUCGUCUCAGUUGUUAGGGUGCUUGGCUUCUUUGACCAGCCGCCACAACCUGCCUUCGACAUGUACCUCGGUAUCGGUAUUAAAAGACUCGUGUCUGUUGCGAAAGAGGCCAGUGACGACAUUUUGCCGCAUGAGCAGCGCAAGCGGCUGAUGGCCAUCGUCUCUCUCUCAGAGUAUGUCUGCAGACUCAGGCAGUACGAUCGUCAGUGUGUGUCCACGCGGGCGAUUGUGCAUGCACUUCCCCCGCACGCGUUGCCGGCAUCGUUGCUGACAGCAGGUCUGCAGGUCAUGCCGGAGGAGAAGGUUGCGGAGCUGUAUUACUGGCGGUGUGUCUUUGCAAUGCUCUACAGUGUUCCGUUCCCAUCAGAGGAGGCCUUGCCAGUGUUACAGGUGGUUUCGGAGAAGUUGUGGACGGGGGAUGUGGUGCGUAAUCCUCGACGUGUCGGCACCGCUUUGCGGUAUUUGACGAAGAUUAACUGCGACCAUAUUGGCGAUCCCAAUUUGGUGUGUGACAUUGUGUUUUCUCUCGUGAGGCGACAGGCUGCGGGAAUGGAUGGCGGCGCUGCAGAUGCUGAAAGGAAUGAAAAACAGAAUGAUCUACAGUCAUUGUACUCUGUGAAGGCGGCGACGGCGCUGAUUGAGGCUCUUUGUUCUUGUUGUCUUAUCACCGCAUGUUCUACACGCCAUCAUGACGAGUCUCAGCGGCUGAUAUACUUCGUGGAACACCUCCUGAUGAACACGGGACAGCUGCGCCCCGUUACAAUAGAAAGUGCUGCUCUGCUUGCGGUUGCCGCAAUAGAUGUGACAGGCCGUCAGGGCGCGGAAAAAGCGUGGCUAGACGAGGUACAGCAAAAUAUUCUUGUGAAGGAGAGCCAGCUUUCUGUUCAUGAUGCGGUGAAUAUACUACUAGCUGGGGCACUCACUCAUGAGGUGGGCCUUGUGAAGGCCAAGACGGUUGAAUGUGCCGCUCGUGUAUUGACGGGCCAACUGGGAAAGACUGACCAGACAGGUUUAUGGCUUCUGCCGGAGCUCCACCGCCUCCUAACGACGGGUAAUGCGUGCUUUGCGACGUGGUGUGAGCAGUCUGCAUCAGUUGCCGACAGUGGCACCUUGCUGCAAGUGCACGAACGAGUCGUUCCUGCGCUGCUGCGGUCGCUGCGUUCUGCUAACAAGAAUACCUCCCCGACACUGAGUGUACGGUGCCGCACUGAUGUGGCGGAUGUGUACCGGUACUGUGCAGCUGCGCGGGUGGGCAGCGAGGAGCUUGGGGAACUUGUGUUGGAUGCGAGGGUUGCACGUGAGCCUGCCCACACACAGCCACGCAAUACGACUGCGUGA